AUGGAUAAUAGGAUUAUUGAGAAGAGCAUCAGAGAUGCAUUAGAGAAAAGAUUCAGGCAUUCAUGCAUGGAAAUCACAAACACAUCGCCAGAUCAUAAAGGCCACCUGGAUUCUUCAAAAACAAAUACAGCAGAAACACACUUUUCUAUCAAAAUAAAGUCAGAAACAUUCAAUCAAAUGAAAAUAUCAGAUAGGCAUAGACUUGUUCAUACUGCAUUGGAUGAUGCAUUUGAGAACGGAUUACAUGCGAUUGAAAUAGACUGCGAGUCUGAUUAUAGCCAGUCGAACUAG